AUGGCGAUGCGGGAGUUAGUGGAAGCAGAAUGUGGGGGGGCCAAUCCCCUCAUGAAGCUAACUGGUCACAUGACCCAGGAAGGAGGGGCUUGGAGACACAGAUCGACACCUACUAUUCCUCCUACUCCAAUUGAAAUAGCAACGGAAGAGGAGUUGGUGAGUGAAUUUCUACAGGCCCCACAGCGACCUCCUCAAAGUUUUGAUAUGGGUCAGCUGCUGGAAGAAAUGCAACAGAUAGAUCAACAGAGUUACAGACAAGCUCCUCAGAGAGCUCCUGAUGUGGCUGCCCUUGCUCUGUCUGGUGCUUGGGCGUCUGAGUUUCUUUCUGGUGCAGACUCCGCCUCUUCUGCUGGACAGGCUUGUUUGGAUCCAGCUGAUGCUGAUUGGACCAGAGAAUUUAUCAGUGAAGUGUCAGACCCAGGCCGCUGGGCAGAGGAGUACCUGGAGCAAUCAGAAGAGAAGUUAUGGCUGGGAGAUUUGGGGGAGAGAGAGCAAGACAAAGAAUGGACACAAGAAUAUCAAGCAGGGGAAGAAUUAAGACAAACAGCAAAUCAGUUGCUUGCCAAAGUGGAUGAUCCUAAACUAAAGAACACAGAGUUCCUGCGGUUCAUUAGGCAGAUUGGCGAGGGCAGUGUGACUGUGGAAGACAGAGCAGGAAAAGUGCUCACUGAUAGAACACAGGCCAAGGAGGCACAACAGUGGGCCUCCAGCCUCAACCAGGUUUCGGCAGAAUCAGCAGAAUCUUGGGUAGAUGAGUUUGCAACUUACGGGCCAGAUUUCCAACAGGCCAAAGCAGCGGUGGAGAGUGAUGUGGAUUUCUGGGAGAAGCUCCAGCAGGAAUGGGAAGAAAUGGCAAAGAGGGAUGCAGAAGCUCACCCCUGGCUCUCUGAUUUUGAUCAGAUGCUCAGUAGCUCUUAUGACAAGGGAUAUCAGUUUGAAGAAGACAACCCUUACCUGUCUCACGAGGAUCCGUUUGCUGAAGGUGUGAGGAGGAUGGAAGCAGGAGACAUUCCUGGAGCGGUGCGACUCUUUGAGAGCGCCGUGCAGAAACAGCCAGACAACCAGCUGGCUUGGCAAUAUCUGGGCACCUGCCAGGCAGAGAACGAGCAGGAGUUUGCUGCUAUCAGCGCCCUCCGAAGGUGUAUUGAGCUGAAGAAGGACAAUUUAACAGCCCUCAUGGCUCUAGCUGUGAGCUUCACCAACGAGUCACUGCACAGACAGGCCUGCGAGUCGCUACGGGAUUGGUUGAGGCACAAUCCUAAAUACCGGAAUAUUCUGGAGCAUCAUGAGCGAGAGAAGGAGAGAGAGGGAGUGAGGGAGAGAGAUAAAGAGAGGGAAAGAUUUGGAUCUCUUCUUCCAGAGGCACUGUUUAAUGAAGUGCAGUCGUUGUUUUUGAGUGCAGCAGCUGCUGAGCCCACACAGGUGGACCCUGAGCUGCAGUGUGGACUGGGAGUUCUCUUCAACCUCAGUGGAGAAUAUGACAAGGCCGUGGACUGUUUCACAUCAGCUCUGUCUGUCACACCACAGGAUUAUCUGUUGUGGAACAAGCUUGGAGCAACUCUUGCUAACGGGAAUCGCUCAGAGGAGGCAGUAGCGGCUUACAGACAAGCGCUAGAGUUACAGCCUGGGUUUGUACGUAGCAGAUAUAACCUGGGCAUCAGCUGUGUUAACCUGGGUGCACACAGGGAGGCAGUUGAGCACUUCCUGGAAGCUCUUUCUCUCCAGAAACAGGCCGCAGGAGACGGGGAGGGAGGUGCAGGUCGAGGACCAGGUGCAGCAGCGACUGUGAUGUCAGACAACAUCUGGUCCACCUUACGUAUGGCGCUGAGCAUGAUGGGAGAAAGCUCAUUGUACGCGGCCGCCGAUCGGCGAGAUCUGGACACGCUGCUGGCACACUUCUGCCAUAGAGAGGGCGAGACAGAAUGAUGUAUGGAGUGUUUGAAGGUGUGGAAGGAGAUAGAAUGUGAGUGUGGAGAGAGAUGUUUUUACCACAAGACUGAAGAUGUCAAUCUCAUCAAAGAGUUACAGGGGCACAGUUUUUUGUGCAAUGAGAAAUAAAGGAGAAAUCUGAAAAAACAAAACAAAAGGAGGCCCAGCACUGCAUUACUGGACAGAUGGAUGAACUGAUGGACUGCUCAAGAGAUAAAGAGAUGUUAAAACGUCUAUGGUACAUCAAUCAACACAACAAGACAGUGGAUGUAGUUCAAUGACACUACAGCUUUUGUUAUAGGUUCACGCUUGCAGAAAAUCUUGCAGUUUUUCCAUUUUGUUAAUCUUGAAGAUGGAUUUUUGCCAUUUUAUUUACCUGCCAUUAUUACAAAGUAUAUCUCAUACGAGAUGGCAAAGGUCUCUGCACUGUGAGCUCAAAAAUACCUGCCUCUGUUUGACACAGAGUGUAGUGAUGUUGAGUUAUAAAGGUCAUUUGUCUUUGAACUGGGGAAUGGUUGUGAGUCUGAGACAAAAGAUGUGGAAACACUUUUUCCUAUUAGCUAUUUGCUAAUAAUUAGAUAUUUGCUAAUGCUGUAAGAUAAUUUGCCUAAUUGUAAAUUCUACUUACCGUGUGUAUUGUACAAUAAUUGUUGUUUUGCAUAUAACCAAUUUAAACUGCUAUCAUAUGUAAUGCAAGCAAUAAACCCUUGAUAAAAAAUACCUU